AUGGUGUUGAUGAUCGAUGGGGGUGCAGUGACUUAUGAUGAUGUGCAUGUGAUCUUCACUUGGGAAGAGUGGAUUUUGCUGGAUCCUUCCCAGAAGAGUCUCUACAGAGAAGUGAUGCUGGAGACCUACCAGAACCUCACCGCUAUGGGCUACAGUUGGGGCAUCCAUCACAUUAAAGAAUGUUGCCAAAGUUCUACAAGACAUAGAAGAGCACAUACCAGAAAGAAACCUUAUGACUGUAAUCAAUGUGGGAAAGCCUUUACAAGGCCCAGUCAUCUCCAAUAUCAUAAAAGAACACAUACUGGAGAGAAACCUUAUGAAUGUGAUCAGUGUGUUAGAGCCUUUUGCAAGACUACGUUCUCUCCACUAUCAUAA